UCUCUGUCCUCAGCGCUUCCUAUCCUGGUCCCUGGUCCUCAUCUGGACACAUUGCAAGGCAGGAAGGAAACGCAAGCAAAUGCUCGAGAGACACCAUCUUAGUUUCUUAAAGAGACAGGAACCCGGAGAGCGGAAAUUGUGUUGCUCAUCUCUAUACAAAGUGCGUGGGCUGGAAACAUGUUACUCUGGUUUCUUCUCCGUGGAGAGAAGAUACAUUCAAUCUCCAUACACGCUUCCUGUAACUGUUUCUGUUACACGCGGUGACUGGGGAGAAGAUCCAGGCCGGAUUUUUACUGUCAGCUUCUACACACACACACAAAUCUAGGGUUAACCUAAAAAGAAAAUCCCCCUUCAUAGAUUCCUAUUCAGAUAUUCCCGAAGUUCUUCAAAAUCCUGCUUUCCGACCUGUUGGAUACGAGCGCAUUGUUGUGUCGCUCUGACGUCACUGGGAGGGGACGAGUGUAGAUUAGGACUGGGACGAUUCACGAUAGCGGCAUCGCGAACCUGCGAUCGAUUCCGGGCCCGCGGUACGAUAUCGAAAAAUGCCAGACGAAUCCUGAGAAAUCCAACGCUGCUACCUCAGAGCCUUCCGAGGAGAUGCCAUCCAUACAGAUCAAGCCCGAGCCAGAGGAGGUGGCAUGCACGGUGAAGCAGGAGCCUGAGGAUGACUGCCCGGAGCCGACGGACCUGAAGCUGAAGUCCUCCCCCCCUCCUCUCUGCAUCAUUAGCACCCACCUAGCUGACGUCGACCAGACUGAACCCGUGGAUCUGUCGCUCAACAAGCCCCGCCCCUCGCUACCCAUCACCGUCACCCCUGCCAUCACGCCGGUCAACCCUGCCCCGGCGAUGGGCAGCAUCGGCACCAGCGCCACCCUCCCGGCCGUCCUGGCAUCCCCGGGCUCCAUCCUGGCGUCUUCGCAGGGCGUCGGAGGGCAGCAGAUCCUACACGUCAUCCACACCAUUCCCUCGAUGAAUGUCACAGGAAAGGUGGGCCAACUCCAGACCAUCCCCGUGGUGGUGCAGUCGCUUCCCGUGGUCUACACGGCCAUGCCUGCUGACGGGGUUCCCGCCACCGCCAUCACCGUCCCCCUCAUCGGCACCGACGGCCGCUCCGAAGGCUCAGUACGAAUUAAGCCUGGCUCGGCGUCCCCGGUGGAGUACCAGAGUGACAGCGAUGCAGAAAGUGGCACAGAGUCCGGAUCGGCUUCCUUCAGAACACAGGGCAUGGACAACAGCUUAAGCACAGAUGUGGACAUCCAGGUGGACCCCGACUCGCCUGACAUGAAGCGACGACGAGUGCACAUGUGCGACUACGACGGCUGCAACAAAGUGUACACCAAAAGCUCGCAUCUCAAAGCUCACCGCAGAAUACACACAGGAGAGAAGCCGUAUCAGUGUACGUGGGAGGGCUGCACAUGGCGCUUCGCCCGCUCCGACGAACUCACGCGCCACUUCCGCAAGCACACGGGCAUCAAGCCGUUCCGCUGCACUGACUGCGACCGCAGCUUCUCGCGCUCCGACCAUCUCGCCCUCCAUCGGCGCCGCCAUGUCAUGAUGUGAGCACGGCUCGGGUUUAGCCACGCCUUUCCCUUCUCCUCCGCCUCCCACCGAUUAACUCCUCAGGAGACUCCGCCUUUCCAUCCUCAUCAACUUCCACCAGAAAGGGCUGAGAGAACUGUGAAGCUGUCCCUCCCUUCUUCCCUCCCUCGCUUCCUUCCUCCCUCCCUCCCUUCCUUCCUCUUAUCUGCAUACGAUGAAAAUAACGCGCAUGUCUUCGGGGGUCUCGGCUCCCUGCCACGUCACGUGCUCCAGGACCCGCGUCCAUCCAGCCCUUGUUUAUUCCAGGUUACGCUUCGCAACACUCGCUUCUGCAGGAAAACCGGAUCGCCGAGAUGCACUGCUGAGCACAGACUGAGGGGUUCGAGGUUCUGCCCGAUCCUGUCGCGAUAAACAGAACCUUUUGAGAGAUGAAAAGCGAACACCAGGACCAGUUGAUGGACACGGCAGAAGAAGAGAAGUGCUACGUUUUCAAGCGACGAGUUUACAAAAUCUCUUCUAAUCGUUUGAUUUGUGUUUUUAAUCGAACAUUUAAAAAAAUUUUCCCCCUUUUUUCCCUCUCCCUCUGGUUUGCAUGAACUUGCUCUGUUGUGUUAAGUUGUGUGUGGCUGAAUGUUCUCGAGUAUUUUUACUUCUUUUUAAUUUUUUUAAAUACUUGCUAUGUUUUACGAACAAACGUUUCGGGCGAUUCGCCGUUGCGUCUUUAUCGGCCGUCUACCCCACGCCAUCGGAAAGGUAGAGAGCUAAGACUGUGAAUUAUUUUCUUUUUUUUAGAUAGGAUUUGUCCGAUUCUUUUAUCCGGUGUUUCUUAUUUCUUACCUUUGAGAGAAAGAUGGAUAAAUGAAUAGAGAGACGAAGACAGGAAAAGAGAGCAGAUCAAGACCUCACUCCAAAAUACGGGAAUUCCACACCUUUAUGGAAUACCGUUCUGGAAAAAUCACACCUGAUCAUCUUCCAUCCACACACACAUACAAAAGUCAGACACAAGAUAUAUUUGGCUUGGUGACAGUAUUUAUAAUAUAUACGUAUAUCUAUAUAUUUUUGAAAAAAAUGUUUUAUUUGCCGGAUGUUCGGCGUUUGAUAUGAUGGCUGAUUUUGUCGGAUGUGCUUUCUCACACGAGGCUGGGAAAGAAAAGAAAAAGAAAUAAAUGUUCAUCUGGAUGGAUAGGAUUAGAAUAGGAAAUAGGGGUGCUUGUUAAACGUGUGUGUGUGUGUGUGUGUGUGUGUUUGCGUGCGUGUGUUUGCGUGCGUGUGUGUAUUUCUAAGAAACCUAAUCAGAGUUUUAAUAGUAGAGGUGUGUUGUAGGCACAUAACGUUCACGCCUGUCAGAGCCUUAAUCGAAGUCAAAUGUGCAACUUGUGGCGUUUUUGCGCAUCUCGCUUGUCGGAGUUCCUCAGGGUUCUGGGUUGGGACCCCUUGAAAAGUAAGGCAGAAAAACAAAACAAAACAAGAAAACCCCUUGUAUCUAUCUAUAUACAUACACAUACACACAAGGUGGCAUCAAAUGUUUCAAGACUAGUUUUGUACCACACCAACAGACAAAUCGUCCUGUGUACAUUGGGAGCUGUGCAACUGACCACAUGCGCUCUUUAUCACCUUACACGUGAGUUUCUCGAUGGAAACAACACGCCCUUUCAGAUUUGGCUCCUGUGGACUUCUCCCUCAAACCGAAGACGGGAUCUUUCUCGUUUUGACACCAUUGCGGAGAUCCAGGGCGAAUCGCAGAAGGUGCUUUGAAAAAAGAAGACUUCCAGGACACAUUCCAGAAGUUGCAGGAACGCUGGGGGCGCUGUAUUGCUGUGCACGGCCGUGCAAGGGGACUGUUUUGAAGGUGGUCGUGUGUAAACGUGGAUAAAUAAAGUACAUUCUUGUAAACAGAGCGAGUCUCGAAACCUAUUGAUACCACCUCGUACAUAUCCAGAUCAACCAGAGAAGAAUUCGGUGAAGGUUUCAGCUCCAGCGCUGGUUUCUGGUUUCACACCAUUAUGCACAGGUUCGACCUCGGACCUUCCCUUAUGAACCCUGCUGCGGUAGUUUGCAUUUAAAACGUAGAGCACAGUCCUGUUGAGAUUGAAAGAGAGAAAGGGGAAGAUAUUCUCAUCUCGUCUUACGCUAGCGCGCGUCAUCGUCACGGUCAUAACCAACAGCUAGCGAAUUUUCCUUCCCGAAGAGCUAUAUCAUGCCCCAAAAAAAAAGAAAACCGCUAGAAGUGCGGCGCAUCCGAUUCCAGCCUUCGAGAGUUGACUGCAUGUUUGCAAAAAAAAAAAAUUCAACAAUACAUUUGUUUUUUUUUUUUCUUUUUCAGAGAUCUUCGAUCCAGUGCAAUGUUCAGACAUCAGAUCUAUUGUCUUGCUUCAACUCGAAACUUAAGCACAUCUUUGUAGAAAAGUAUAUGCAUUCGAUUGCGAUCCUUUCUUUCCUUCUUCUUUUUUUUUUUUUUUUUUAAAGAAAAAUGUUCAUAGGCAUACAGACAAUUAUAAAUAAUUAACAAAUACCUGUACAUACUGUAUAUAAUCAAAGUUCUGAAUAAACGUAACGGGUGGAUUUCUAUUUUUAACACUGACUAGACAAUGUGAAAUUUUUUUUUUUUCCCCCUUUGUUGGCUCAACAAUUAUUAUUUUUUUUUUAAUCCCUUUUUUAAUCGGUUGUGUUGUAAUUUUUAGAAUUUUUUGUGUUUUGUGCAUGGAGAGAAUUUCUUUGCGAAGUCGCUGAGCAUGUCGGUGCGUCGCGUCGGACACGUGUGGCCUGUAAAGCACUGAUAAUCGUCGGCGAUGCGAAACGUGGCAUUUCUUGUGCAAUUAAAGCCAUUUUUUGCACGUUUUAAGGAAAAAACGAAAAAAAAACGAAACAAAACAAAAAAACAGCUACUACCUGACUUUACGCUCUCUUUAUAGAUAGGCGCAGUACUGAAAAUGAGGAGGGAGUUUCCUAAAACGUGCGUCGCCUCGGGGAAAAAAAACCCACGAAACAUCAGGAAACGUCGAGUAGGAAUACCUUGUCGAUGAAUUUCUAUUUUAAAAUCCACACAUUUUAUGACUCACCCACAUUUUAUGUCCCGUGACUGAAUUCGCCACCGCCAUCCUCAUUCUUUUUUUAGCAUGUUUACUCAAAAAACAACAAAACGUACAUGUAUCGGAUUUUCUUUCACAAGUUUUUUCAUGAAUUUUAUUUUUUUUAUUUAUUUUUUAUUUUGGUCAGAACCCUCGGUAUUUUCUAUUGAAUGCAGUAACUUAUGGGCCAGUACUAUAUAAUUACUCAGUGCAAUGCAGUUAUCAUUAUUAUUAUUAUUAUUAUUAUUAUUAUUAUUAUUAUUAUUAUACAAGUAAUUAAUGUUAUUUCUUUUCUUUUUCUUUCUUUUGUAUUUGUACAGAACAAAUGUGUAAAAAAAAAAAAAAAAAAAAAAAAAAGAAAGAAAGAAAAAAAGACCCGUGAGGCGAACACAAGCUUUUUGAUACUGUGAGAAAUGGUGUUAAAAGUCAGUUUCCCCUGUACAGUUGUGAUUAUCUACGCCUUUUAUAGAAUAAAGUGUUUUUUGUUUUUUGUUCA